GUGAGGGCAGGGUAAGCGAGGCGGGGCGGGGGGCUGCCGGCUACUCGGGUGCCGGCCGUGCCGCCGUGCGUACCGGCGCGCCAUGGACUUCAACAUGAAGAAGCUGGCGUCGGACGCGGGCAUCUUCUUCACUCGGGCGGUGCAGUUCACAGAGGAGAAGUUCGGCCAAGCCGAGAAGACCGAGCUCGAUGCCCACUUUGAAAACCUCCUGGCGAGGGCAGACAGCACCAAGAACUGGACAGAGCGGAUUCUGAGGCAGACCGAGGUGCUGCUGCAGCCCAACCCCAGUGCUCGAGUGGAGGAGUUCCUGUAUGAGAAGCUGGACAGAAAGGUGCCCUCAAGAGUCACCAAUGGGGAGCUGCUGGCUCAAUACAUGGCAGAGGCGGCCAGCGAGCUGGGGCCCAGCACCCCGUAUGGGAAGACACUAAUCAAGGUGUCAGAAGCUGAAAAGCGCCUGGGAGCAGCAGAACGGGAUUUCAUUCACACUGCCUCCCUCAGCUUCCUCACACCCUUGCGCAAUUUCCUGGAAGGGGACUGGAAAACUAUCUCGAAGGAGAGGCGACUCCUGCAGAACAGACGCCUUGACCUGGACGCCUGCAAAGCUCGGCUAAAGAAGGCCAAGGCAGCAGAAGCCAAAGCCACGACGGUGCCUGACUUUCAGGAGACUAGACCUCGUAAUUACAUUCUCUCGGCCAGCGCCUCCGCGCUUUGGAACGACGAAGUAGACAAGGCUGAGCAAGAACUUCGAGUGGCCCAGACAGAGUUUGACCGGCAGGCAGAAGUGACUCGUCUCCUGCUGGAGGGGAUCAGCAGUACCCAUGUGAACCACCUUCGCUGCCUCCAUGAGUUCAUCAAGUCUCAGACAACCUACUAUGCACAGUGCUACCGCCACAUGCUGGAUCUGCAGAAGCAGCUAGGCAGUUCCCAGGGUGCCAUAUUUCCAGGCACCUUUGUGGGCAGCACAGAGCCUGCCUCCCCACCCCUGAGCAGCACGUCACCCACCACCACUGCAGCCACCAUGCCUGUUGUACCUACUGGGGCUAGCCUGGCUCCUCCAGAAGAGGCAGCACUCUGCCUGGAGGAGGUCGCUCCCCCAGCCAGCGGGACCCGUAAGGCCCGGGUGCUCUACGACUACGAGGCAGCUGAUAGCAGUGAGCUGGCCCUGCUGGCUGAUGAGCUCAUCACAGUCUACAGCCUGCCUGGCAUGGAUCCUGACUGGCUCAUUGGUGAGAGAGGAAACAAGAAGGGGAAGGUUCCUGUCACCUACUUGGAACUUCUCAGCUAAGCAGCCCCCUCCUAGGCCCUACCAUUUACCUUGUCUGCUGAUGACAGAGCUGUUUAGGAUAAGGGACCCAACCCAAUUCUGGCUGUGCCCCUGUCAUUCAGCUAUUAAGGACCCCACAAGACAGAAUGGCUCCAGGCCCCUCUGCUAGCCCUGCUUCUGGCCUGCAUCCCUGCACUCCAGGCUUCCCAGCUCCCUUAAGGCAGGAGGGACACAUGACACCAUGGGCCCAGGAUAUCCUGGGAAUGCUCUUGGCAUGAAAAGAAUAUCUGCCUUCUGUGGAAGGUUGAGGGGGACAGGAGCAAACAGAUAGGGCUAACAGUCUGGGAUUAGACCAUGUGGCAGGAGACCAGAGGGCCAGCCAGAGCAGCAGCGCUGACAGCAGCCCUCCCCACCUUCCCCCCUAGCUCUGGCUGGGCACAAGGGCUACAGCCAUCAUUCCCCCAGUUUCUAACUAGCGUUCUCACUUCUGCCUGUCUGCUUGCUCUCUGGCAAAUAAAUCCUACUUUGUGUGCAAA